UGUCUAACUCCGCCCUCUAUUGAGGAGGCCAGUUAGGUCCUUACAAGCUACAGCUGUGCAGAGUAUGGGCCAGGGCUGUGUUGUUCAAAAGGCACGGAGAAGGACAAUGUGAUGAACUCUUACGCAACUCCAAAAGUUACGAUGUUUCAAAUUGUGAAGUUUUCAACACGAUCCCGUUCUAUGAUGUCUUGGGUGAAUAUGAAUACUUAACAAACUCAACAGCCGUCUGUGCAGUGGCUUGUUGUGUUGUAGCCUCUCCUAGCGCCUGACGACUGCUGCGCUCCAGAUGUUGGAGGUGCCGAGUGUGGUCUCCUGCUGAAGUGGGACAGAGCGCAGCAGGGAAACUUCUCAGGCUGUCGGAGCUGACAAUCUCAACCGGAGUAUACUAAAGACUAGAGCGGGACAAUGCUCUCUCACCUAGAAUUUCGGCAGGACCGAACAACAGUGUGGCGAUAACUAGAAGUGUGGGUGUGUUGGAUAAGCAGCGAUGGCCUCCGAACUGUUGUGCGGGCUCAUCUUCAGACUGCUGCUUCCAGUUUGUCUCGCUGCAACAUGUCUGUUCCGGUACAGUGGGCUGUCGUUGGUCUACCUCAUCUACCUCCUGCUUAUCCCACUCUUCUCAGAACCCAGCAGAACAACCAUGCAGGGUCGUACAGGGAGUCUGCUGAAGUCCUUGUGUGUCACCAGCCUGAGCUUCCUGCUCAUGCAGAUCACCUACCAGGUCACCAUCUCCAGCUUGCUGGCCAACGGACGCAUGGAGCCUAGCUUUAACUGUUCAGCAUGGGAGAAAUCACUGAGACAGCUUGGCCUGGAGAGUGUGCAGGGAGCAGAUGCAGGAAACGGUAUACGAGUGUUCAUACCAGACAUCGGGAUGCUGGUUGCUGGACUGGUGACCUGGCUUCUCUGCCUACGUCUGGAGGACAAGCCUCAGGGCAUGGACACCUUACUAAACCACAACAAUGAACGUGACACCCAGGAAAAUGUGGAGGAGGAAGAAGACGAGGGAAAGGAUGAGUUGGAGGAUGAGUUGUUGUUUGAGGAUGACUCUGAGCUUGAGGAGGAUGGGGGGAUGUCGGAGGAGGAGGAAGAGGAGGAGGAGGAAAGCACAAAGAGGAUGAUCCUUCGUCAGAUAGCAUCCAUGGCGUCCAAACUAAGGGAAAUCAUUGGCAAUCUGAUUACCACUGCAGGGAAAGUAAUGGUAACCAUAUUACUGGGCCUCACAGGGAUCAUGCUGCCAUCCUUGACCUCUGCCGUCUACUUCCUGGUAUUCCUGGGUUUGUGUACGUGGUGGUCACUGUGUCUGACCUUUGACCCCCUGGUGUUCAGCUGUCUGUGUGUCCUCAUGGCCAUCUUCAGUGCAGGGCACCUGCUGGUGCUCUACAUCUACCAGCUGCAGGUUGUUCAGGAGCUCAUACCCCCUGGAGACCCUUACGCUAGUGUGUUUGGGGUGGUGGCAGUGGUGCAGACAGACUGCUCCGCCCCCUGGGCUCUGAGGCUGAGGCCAGGCCUGGCCUGGCACCACUACACCAACCCCCUGCUGGUGCUGGUUCUCUACUACACACUGGCCACCCUCAUACGGCUCUGGCUGCAUGACCCCCCGAUGUCAGGGGACAGACAGGGGAUUGAGAGGGAGGAGACAGGAUGUGAUAUCAACAAUGACAUCACCAGCGAUAUCCCCAUUGACAUCAUGCCCUCAGCAGAGAAGAGGAGAGAGCAAUGGAGGACCUACCAUAUGGAUGAAAGAAACGUCCUGAUUGGGACAACCUUUGGCUCUCCUCUAAACUACCCCCCCUGCCCACCAACCCCCUACCCCACCCCACCCAACCUCAACACCUCUUCAUUGGACCUGUACUCAGAGUCCCGAUACGAGGCAGGCCAGGGGGAGAGGCAGGUCGGUGGCAGCAUGUAUGAGGUGGUGAGGGGCCCUGGGUCCAGGCCGGCCUCAGAGACGGAAGUGCUGCAUGUGAGCCUGGCUGUCACAGCCUUCAGGUUCAUCAUGAAGCAAAGUUACAUCUGUGCCCUCAUUGCUAUGAUGGCGUGGAGCAUCACGUAUGUGAGCUGGCUGACCUUUGUUCUGCUGCUGUGGUCAUGUGUGCUGUGGAUGGUGAGGGACCGGCGACGCUACGCUAUUCUGUCGUCUCCCUUCAUGGUCGUGUACGGAACACUGCUCCUGCUGCUGCAGUACAUCUGGAGCUUUGAGCUGAUGCAGCCCCUCCCUGGGCUCUUCCUGAAGAGGGAAGUGCCGUUCAGAGAGCUGGCCUCAAAGAUCUUGUGUCUUCUGAGUUUCUGGCUACUCCUGAGACAGUCCCUGACAGAGAGGAAAGCAAGCCAGAAGGAGGAAGGGCUUUCUGACAUCAAGAUAGAAGCCCACAGGAAGGAGGAGGAGGAGCAGGCUGGGGGUCAGAGAGAGGUGAUGGCGUUGCUAGGCAGCACAGUGAUCAGGAUGUUUGUCAAGUACUGGAUCUAUGUAUGUGGAGGCAUGUUCUUCUUCGUCAGCUUCGAGGGACGUAUUGUCAUGUACAAGAUCAUCUACAUGAUGCUGUUCCUCUUCUGUGUGGCACUCUAUCAGGUGCACUAUGAAUGGUGGCGGCGUGUGCUGAAGUACUUCUGGAUGUCGGUAGUAGUGUACACCAUGCUGGUGCUCAUCCUGGUGUACACCUUCCAGUUCCCUUCCUCCCUGCAGGCCUGGGCCCGCCUGACUGGCAUGAGCAAAGACAGGUUGGAGGACCUGGGUCUGGAGAGGUUCUCGGUUCCCGCUCUCUUUACGAGGAUAUUUGUUCCCGCCUCCUUCCUGCUGGUUUGUGUGCUGCAUCUCCACUACUUCCACGAUGACUUCCUAUCUCUGACCGACAUCAAGACUGUGUUGGACAAGCAGAGCAGCACCAUCACACGGUUGGUCCAUCUAGAUGGCAGUCUGGCUGACAUCUCUCUGGCCAAGCCCCCCAUCCACCUACCACAAACGGAAGAGGACCAGGGGGGGGAACAGGAAAUGGCGGAGAAUGAAAAACACAUGGAGAAGGAGGAAAAAAAAGAAUGGAUGGAGAAGAAGAGAGAUAUGGUACCUGGCCAGCCAGAAAGCAAACCCUGCAGUGUGGAUCAGGAGACCCCACCAGAGGACGACACCGACCUCAGGCGUAAAUGGCGGCUGGUGGGAGACCGUCUGAGCGUGCUCCUGCUCCAGUUCCUGCAGUACGUCCAGCGGCUGCAGCUCCUCGUGUGGUGGCUCCUGGAACUGCACAUCAUCAAGAUCGUCUCCGCUUACAUCAUCUGGGUGUCGGUCAAAGAGGUGUCCCUGUUCAACAGUGUGUUUGUGGUGAGCUGGGCCUUCUCUCUGCCCUUCAGUCAGUUCCGCCCACUGGCUUCCAGUGUGUGCACGGUGUGGACCUGCAUCAUCAUAAUUUGCAAGAUGCUGUACCAGCUGAGCUCCAUCCAGCCUUACACCUACUACAGGAACUGCUCCAUGCCUGGUAACUAUAGCAACGCUCAGAGGGAGGAGCUCUCUGCCUCACUGCUCUACAAUGCACCUAUAGACCCCGCCCAUUGGGUGGGGCUUCGUAAGGCCACACCUCUGCUGGAUAACCUCAAAAACAACUUGGUGAUGCUGGCCCUGCUGGUGUUUGAGAUCACGGUGUACAGACACCAGAUGCUGCACCGCCUCCAACACAAGCUGACUCCACCCACCACCAGGACCAUCUUCCAUGACAUCACACGGCAACACCUCGACGACGGCAUCAUGAACUGUGCCAAGUACUUUGUGAACUACUUCUUCUACAAGUUUGGUGUUGAGACGUGCUUCCUGCUGGCGGUGAACGUGAUUGGCCAGAGGAUGGACUUCUAUGCCAUGCUCCACGCCUUUGGCCUGAUCGCCAUUAUCUCCCAUCGCCACAGGAAGUCCAUUGCCCAGGCCUGGCCUUGCUACUGCUGUUUUCUGUCCUGCCUGCUCACUCUGCAGUACCUGCUCUGCAUAGGUGUCCCCCCUGCAGCAUGCAAAGACUACCCUUGGAGGUUUCCAUCAUCCAACAUGGACUCCAAUGUCAUCAAGUGGCUCUACAUUCCUGACUACCACACAAGACCCAACCCUUUCUUCCUGCUCUAUGACUUCAUGCUCCUGCUGAGUGUGUCUUUGCAGAGGGAGGUGUUUAAGGAAGAGAACCAGGUGGCCGUUCAUCUACUAGCAGGAGACAAUGUAGAGAUCUGCAAUGACCUGGAUGCAGCCUCCUUCAGCCAGCACAACCCUGCCCCUGACUUUAUACACUGCAGGUCGUAUCUGGACAUGUUGAAGGUCAUCAUCUUCAGCUACCUGUUCUGGUUCGUUCUCACCAUCAUCUUCAUCACUGGCACCACCAGGAUCAGCAUCUUCUGCAUGGGCUACUUGGUGGCCUGCUUCUACCUGCUGUUGUUCGGAGGAGAGCUUUUGCUUAAGCCUAUCAACAGCAUCCUUCACUACUGGGACUUCCUCAUCGCCUACAAUGUGUUUGUCAUCACCAUGAAGAACAUCCUGUCAGUUCUUGCCUGUGGUUACAUCAAAGCACUAGUUGUCAAUCACUGUUGGCUGAUACAGCUCUUCAGCCUGGCCUGCACCAUCAAAGGAUACUCCAAACCAGAGCAGCAGGCCAAUAAGCAGUGUGAGUUGCCUAGCGACGAGGCGGGCAUCAUCUGGGACAGUAUCUGCUUUGCCUUCCUGUUGCUACAGCGACGUGUAUUUAUGAGCUACUACUUCCUGCAUGUGGUGGCGGACAUCCGCUCUGCUCAGAUCCUUGCCUCCAGAGGAGCGGAAUUGUUCCAUGCCACCAUAGUGAAGGCUGUGAGAGCCAGACUGGAGGUGGAGAAGAAGUCUAUGGACCUGCUGAAGAGACAGAUGGACCGGAUUAAGAGUCGUCAGAAGAGGUUCAAGAGAGGCAAGGAGAGGAUGCUGACUCUAGUCCAGGAGAGCACUGAGACCCACCAGGACCCCCCCAGACUGCAGCAGGAACAGGGUCAAACGGAAAGAGAGAAGAAAGGAGGGAGAAGGAAGGAGUGGUGGAGGCCCUGGGUGGACCAUGCCUCCAUGGUGAGGAGUGGGAACUACUACCUGUUUGAGUCAGACAGCGAGGAGGAGGAGGAAGAGGAGGAGGAGAAGAAGGAGGAAAAGCAGCCAAAGAAGUCUGCCUUCCAGUUUGUGUACCAUGCAUGGAUCACAGACUCCAAAACAGCAAUGAAGGAACGCAGCCAGGAGAAACAACGCUUCUGGCAGAGAUACACUGAAGGACCAAAGUCGAGGAGGGAGGAGACAAGGAAGGAGGAAGCGGGGAGGGAGGACACAGAAGAAGGUUGUGCUGCAGUAGAAUUGGAGGAUGAAGAGGCGGAGGAAAAGGAGGGAAAGACAGACGGACCAGACAACAUUCUGAAACGGCUCUUCAACAUGCUGAAGUUCUCCUGGGUCCUGGUGCAGGCCCUGCUGGACAGCCUGACUGCCUGGCUGAACUCACUGUGUCAGGAGCAUAUCUCCAUCUCUACUGUGCUGCGGAUCGAGCGCUGCAUGCUAACACACGAGGUCAAGAAGGGGAAUCUCCCCUCCAGGGAGAGCAUCCAUCUGUAUUACCAGCAGCAGAUGUGCUGCGGUGCAUCUGUAGAGUCAGGCCUGGAGAAACACCCCGAGGACUUCAUUUUCCAGGACUCAGAGUGGCGGAGGUCAGCCUAUCAGCAAGAGAGCCAAGACUCUGUGGUGUCACGUGACAGCCUGUCCAGUACACACACAGAUGCCACCCUGAUGUACUUGUACCAGUCCAACCUGGACCGCACAGAGUUGGGGGAGAGACCCCACGUGCUCAGGACCAGCCAGCGACCACGGCCCAUGCUUCAAAAGAUGGCAGGAAUGGACCUCCCUUCCUCCUUUACCUUCUCCACUUCUUCCUCUCUGGAGAGCGUGGACAGCAGAACAGUCAGUGAACACACCAAGCCCACAGCACUGUGCGCGGGACAAGGCACUCUGAAGAAGAUGGCAGUGGACCCUCCCUGCCUGACGGACCCCCCAAGCCAGCCUGCUCCAUCCCCAGGGGGGAUCUCUGAGGGAGCGGCUUGGGAGCAGGGUGGCAGGUGUCCCUCCUGUUCUGGCUCCACUGAGCUGCAGCUGGACUCAGCCCAAUCCCUCAGGCAGAGUCCUCGGGAGGUGGAUAUCCCCCCCUCAUACAGCCUGGCCCUGGGCUUGGACCUGCAGGAGGGCGGGACGGAGGUGGCAGGGGGGGUUCCCAGGACAAAACGACGGCUGGUUAUGGCACCUGAGGAGAGGGAGGAGCCAGAUACACUCCCCUCUCUGACCCAUGAGCUCACUGCCAGCGAGCUGCUCAGCAAUAGAAUGUUCUAUGAUGAGGAGCUGGAGGCUUCUGAACGCUUCUUCGGUGACCAGCCUGCCCUGUUGCUGCUGUGCUAUGCGUUGUACAACACUCUAGUGGCCAGAUCUGAGAUGGUCUGCUACCUGGUCAUCAUCCUCAACCACAUGGUGUCUGCCAGCUGUGCCACCCUGGUGCUGCCCAUCCUCAUCUUCCUGUGGGCCAUGCUUUCUGUGCCACGCCCCUCCAAACGCUUCUGGAUGACUGCCAUUGUCUACACUGAGGUUACCAUAGUGAUAAAGUACUUCUUCCAAUUUGGGUUUUUCCCAUUCAAUCAAAACAUGGAGCUUGACCGGACCAAGCCUUUUCACCCGCCCAACAUCAUCGGUGUGGAGAAAAAAGAGGGCUAUGUCCACUAUGACCUCAUUCAGCUGCUGGCACUCUUCUUUCAUCGCUCCAUCCUCAAGUGCCAUGGCCUGUGGGAUGAGGAUGACUCCAGAAGAGGGGUGGCAAACGUCACCAUAGCAAGACCUGCCAAACGUCGCCAUAGCAACUCAGAGAAGAAGGGUCGAAGCAAGGCCAGAGAAGAGAAGCAUCCUCCAGCGAGCCCCUCCUCCCAGGAGACUGUGCUCCGACGCUUCUCCAAACAAUCCCACUCAACCUCCAUGCCGCUCUGCCGCAAGAGCUCCAUCUCCCAGCGCUCCGCUCACUCCAGAGGUAGUGUAAGUUCUCGUGGCAGCUUGAGGAAGGGAGGCAGUAUGGGGUGUAUCCAACAACGCAGCAAGAAAGAGAUGAUUCUAGAAAAACUUCAAGAGCAGCUGAUAAGAGCCAAAAGCUUCACUGUCAAUGGGACGCUUCAGUUCUACGUUCCAAUUCGCCAGUUCUUCUACAGUCUGAUCCACCCAGAGUACAGCGCUGUCACUGACGUCUACGUUCUCAUGUUCCUUGCUGACACAGUUGAUUUCAUAAUCAUUGUAUUUGGCUUUUGGGCCUUUGGGAAGCACUCAGCAGCAGCCGACAUCACUUCGUCCUUGUCGGAAGACCAGGUUCCAGAAGCGUUCCUUGUGAUGGUGUUGAUCCAGUUUGGCACCAUGGUGGUGGACCGGGCCCUGUACCUGAGGAAGACAGUGAUGGGGAAGGUCAUCUUCCAGGUCAUCUUGGUGUUUGGCAUCCACUUCUGGAUGUUCUUCAUCCUGCCGGGGGUCACUGAGAGGCGUUUCAGCCAGAACACCGUGGCUCAGCUGUGGUACUUCGUCAAGUGUAUCUACUUCGGCCUGUCUGCCUAUCAGAUCCGCUGUGGCUACCCCACCCGUGUCCUGGGAAAUUUCCUGACCAAGAGCUACAACUACCUCAACCUCUUCCUGUUUCAAGGGUUCCGCUUGGUUCCCUUCCUAACAGAGCUGCGAGCGGUGAUGGACUGGGUCUGGACUGAUACAACUCUCAGCCUGUCCAGCUGGAUCUGUGUAGAGGACAUCUACGCACACAUCUUUGUCCUCAAAUGCUGGAGGGAAUCAGAGAAGCGCUACCCCCAGCCCCGCGGCCAGAAGAAGAAGGUGGUGGUGAAGUACGGCAUGGGCGGCAUGAUCGUCUUGCUGCUCAUCUGCAUCGUCUGGUUUCCACUGCUCUUCAUGUCACUGGUCAAGUCUGUGGCCGGCGUGGUCAACAAGCCCCUGGACGUGUCUGUAACCAUCACCCUGGGGGGCUUCCAGCCCAUCUUCACCAUGAGUGCUCAGCAGAACCAGCUGAAGGACGUCUCAGCAGCAGACUUUUCUGACUUCAUGAACUCCUACAACUACAUUCCUAGCGCCAUGCAGUUCCUGGAGGCGUACACCUCUGAAGACCUGACGGUGGCGGAGCUGGAGGGAAGCAGCAACUCCCUCUGGACCAUCAGCCCCCCCAGUAGGAACAACCUCAUGGAUGUGCUAAGCUACGAGGAGCAGUUUCCUGUCACCAUGUCCUGGACAAUACAGAGGAACCUGAGUCUUGGAGCAAAAGCUGAGGUUGCCACAGAUAAACAUGUUACGUAUCUGGACAUGACAACGCGGCAGGAACUCAUAGACCUGCUGAACGGAACACGCAGCCAGGCUGUGGUGAUAGAGCAGGUGUUUCCGUGCUUCAUCAGAGCUCCCAGUGACUCCAACGCUAAACCCAUAGAACAGCUCUAUAAAGAGGAGGGCUAUAAGAACAUCCUGCUAGCCUUGGAGCGGACCACCAAUGGGAGUGGAGAGAUCCAGGAGUGGUGGAUUGUCGACCAACCAGCGGCCAGCAAGAUAAAGAUGAGGGGCGGAGCAUCUGGAGGAAAGCGGGGGGCGGGCCUACAGCUCUAUGUCUUCAGUGACAAAGUGAGCCCUCCCAGUCUGGGCUUCCUGGCAGGAUACGGCAUCAUGGGUCUAUAUGCCUCUGUGGUUCUCGUCAUUGGGAAGUUUGUACGAGAGUUCUUUAGCGGGAUCUCCCACUCCAUCAUGUUUGAGGAGCUACAGUGUGUGGACCGCAUCCUGAAGCUAUGCACGGACAUCUUCCUGGUCCGUGAGACCGGAGAGUUGGAGCUGGAGGAGGAGCUCUACGCCAAGCUCAUCUUCCUCUACCGCUCACCAGAGACCAUGAUCAAGUGGACCAGGGAGAAGAACAAGUGACACUGCCACCCAGAGGUCUUCUCAGGAACUUACCAUUUUGGAGCCUGGUAGAUCGUUUGAAGAAGCUCAGUCAGACAAGGACUGGAAGACAUGUUCUACAUUGUGGAUCUGCCUGUCAUAUGGUCUGGAUAUGAGGUUGUGAUCUGCUGUUCCCUAGUUGGCUGUGCUCCAUUAAAAGCACAACCCCUGGGUUGUGCAAUACCCUAUUUGGCCAGGAGAGAAGUGAGGUCAGAGGUGACAGUGAAGCCAAAUUAUGUGGUCGCUCUUCUCAUCACCUCUUCCCCACUUCCUGCUCUUCCUCCUCUCCUCUCUCCCUUCCUCUCUUCUCCCCUGUGCUUGUUUCGUGUGUCAAGGUCAUUCAUAAUGUGAUCGUCUCCACCUAUGCAUAGACCAAAUCUACUGUGUGUGCCUGUAGUGUGUACCAUCCAGACUGGUGUUGUGUUAAAAGGUGUACAUGUGGUUUGUCUGAGAAUAAACAUGUCUGAAACAUGACUACUUCAUA